GUUCAUGAACCACCGUGUCCCAUCCAACUGCAGGUACCAGCCGACCGAGUACGAGCACGCGGCCAACUGUGCCACCCACGCAUUCUGGAUCCUGCCCAGCAUCCUUGGCAGCUCCAUCCUCUACAUCCUCUCUGAUGACCAGUGGGAAACUAUCUCAGCCUGGAUCUAUGGCUUCGGCUUGUCCAGCCUCUUCAUUGUCUCCACCAUCUUCCACACCAUCUCCUGGAAGAAGAGGCAUCUCAGGACUGUGGAGCACUGCUUGCACAUGUUUGACAGGAUGGUGAUCUACUUCUUCAUCGCGGCGUCGUACGCUCCCUGGCUGAACCUGAGGGAGCUGGGCCCCUGGGCCUCCCACAUGCGCUGGAUCAUCUGGAUCAUGGCGUCUGUCGGGACCGUCUACGUCUUCUUCUUCCAUGAGCGGUACAAGCUGGUGGAGCUGGUGUGCUACGUUAUCAUGGGCUUCUUCCCUGCCUUGGUCAUUCUCUCCAUG